AUGGACCCAAUUCAGCAAUCAUUCAUUGCUAGGCUACGCGAAUAUCGUCAAAAGAGCGAGAAAAGUGCAAAUGGUCUAGCAGAUGCGACACCAAAAGAAGAAAAAGAGCUCAACGAAAUGCUGGCCAAGGUGGAUCGUAUAUUUGGGGCAGAAGGGAAAGAUAUGACACAGUUUCCUACGUUUAAAUUUGAAGAUCCCAAAAUUGUCAUGCCAUCAUCUUCUUUAAAUAUUGAAUAUCCAAAAGAUCCGGAGGAUACAGCCUAA